GCUCCUUGUCCUUUGUCCGCAAAGCACUCCCGCCCAUCCGACCGCCAUGUCUACACGCGUCGUCCCUCUCAAGCUCGCCAGACUCAUUUCUCUGUUUCUGGCGUUCGCGUUUGGCACCAUCGGUGGGUCCGUGGGAUUGAACGGGUUGAUCAAAUCCAACCAGUCCAAGUCCAGCCUGAGGAAAGUUCUGCCUGCGGGGAUUACUGUCGCCAUCGGUAUCAAUGAUGUCUACCAUUCCGGCGUCGUUCUCACGACCGUCUGCACCCUCAUCGCGGUUCUCUCCACCCUAUUCAUCCUCCUCACGCUCUGGUCCAGCACUCAACGCGCCGCCAGCGCGUCGGGAAAGCCAGAUCUCGCGACGCGGACGCUGCCCCUCCAGUCGAUCGUGCUCGGGUUCUGCAGUGUCUGGCUAUUCGCAACCAUCAUCCCUUUCACGGAUUUCUUCGCAAACCGUGCGGCGAAUAUUGCCGCGUUUCUAAAUGGCGUGCAGUUGCCCCCCGCCGCGGUCAGCGCGGCGCAGCAGUCGCUAGGGGCCACGUCGGUAUACCAUAAACUCUAUUAUUUGCGUCUGGUCGCUGUACUGCCAUGGUUCACAUUCCUCUUCUCUUCGAUCGCCGCGGCCGUGCUGUUUUUGGCCGCACGCCGUAGUAGGACCCUUACGGAGCAGCACCAGCCCGCGACAGACGUAUCCGAAAAACAACAAAUUGAGACGGAGGCUUAGAGCCACACAUUCAACGACGAUGUCACGCUAUUCUACGCCUUUCAUAACCUGUUUGUUAGAUGGUGAUGCAUAUACCGGGGCCCCUCUUCGAUUUGUCAAAUAUGUUCAUAAUGUUUUCACGCGAGUAGUAUCACGUCUUUCCACGAAGCUUCUCGUUUUUCUUCUUCUUCUCACUAUUGUCCUGUAUUGGCUUCGCUUAGCUCAAUCGAGUUUGUUGUUUUUCUUACCCUCU